AUGCCACGCAUCCGGACACUGCUUCCUCAGUUUCGAGAGGAUGAUUUCAGUGACGACGCCUUUUUUGAUCGAUUUCGGUUCACCAAGGAUGGAUUUAACCAGCUGAUGCACUUCAUUGGCGACGACAUCCCGGAACCUGAGAACAAUCGUGGACACCCCAUGUCACCAAGGACCCAAGUGUUAGUUGCACUCCGUUACUAUGCGACAGGUACAACUACAGUGAUGGAGCUGAGAACUGGACAUAGCCUGACAUUGACGACAACCCCAGAAGGAGACACCUGCGCCUUUCUGGAGCAAAUCUCUCCUGCUUUGUGUGAUGAUCAUUUUGAAGUCUUCAAAAGAAAUGCGACUGCAAAAGGACGUGGAAGGCGGGUGGCUCUGCCUGCUGAUGUGCGAUGCAACAACCGACUACUCCUACAGCUAUUCCUAAUUCGCGAAAAGGAAGGACAGACAUGGGAUGAGCUACGUGACCUUUUCAGCAAACUCUGCCCGUCUUUGCCUGUGUCAAGGCUGCGCUGGAAAGUGGAGCAUUGUGUCAAAUUAGCACGAGAUUUGGCUACAUCAGGUGAACCAUUUGGACCCUUUCUCGAUGUGACUUUAAGCUUCAAUUCCCUGGGCACCAUCAGUGAUAGCUAUGGCAUUUACGAAUCAGAUAUUCUGGGGGAUCCAGAGGAUCUAAGGUCAUAUGGAAACACUGUCCAGCUCACAAAUGGUUUUGUCAUGGAGAUCAAAACUUUUGCAAAGAAAAAGAAGAUUCCGCUUGCAAAGCUUAAGAACAUUUUUCAAAGUCUGGGUGCUUUGGUGAGGAGUGACACAGAUUUCGCGAAGAUUUUGAACGAAACUGAGGGUACAUAUCGCAGGACGAACAAAUCCAAGAGCAGAAAGGGGCCAGACGGUGUGAGUGAAUUUGAUAAAUUUUCACAUAGUUUGUGCAAGUUGGUCAUUGAAAGUAGGCCUGUGGACAUUGAACCUGAUAAAAUGGACAAUACUGAUGCUGAAGAUAGACAUGAGGAUUCUGACAAUCGCAUUGAUCAAGAAGAGCAUGGGGAACCUGUGAUGGACAAUACUGAUGCUGAAGAUAGACAUGAGGAUUCUGACAAUCGCAUUGAUCAAGAAGAGCAUGGGGAACCUGUGAUGGACAAUACUGAUGCUGAAGAUAGACAUGAGGAUUCUGACAAUCGCAUUGAUCAAGAAGAGCAUGGGGAACCUGUGAUUGUGAAACCAGCUUCUGAACAUGUGGCAAAUUUGGCAGCAAUGAAACAGGCACGUGAACUCCGUGCACUCAAGGGAAGACUUGAGGAAUCCAACAAAGAAAACUCUGAGUUGCGAGAACAGCUUGGGGUGUGUUCAAAGGAGUGUUCACACCAUGCAAAGCGUGCAAAUCUCUUGGAAAAAGAAUUAUCUGACAGAAAGGAGGAGUUGAAUUUGAAAGCCUUGCAAAGGGAACAUAGUAAAUUACAGACUGAAUUUGGUGACAUUGCGUCUGAACUCCUUCAGUAUAAAAAUGGUACAAAGGCACGAAAACUUAGAGAACGAGAAAAAAACGUAACUGAAAAUGAGAAAAUUCUCAGGCAACACAAGGACAAUGGCUGUCAACAUGUUAUAUCUUCUCUAAAAGACCAAGUGAAAAGGUUGCAAACAGAAUGCAGUACACAUCUUAAAGCACUUUCCAAUUUUCGCUCGAACAAAAGCACACUCAAAGCGGAAAUUACGAAACUGAAAAGUGAGUGUGAUGCAUACAUUAUUAAGAUCGAGGAUCUUGAAGCAAUUGCCGGAUCAAAUCGGAAACUUGUCACAAAAUCGGGAACAGUCUAUUCGAAUGAAAUCGUCAAAUGUAUCAUUCAGUUGAUUGGAGAAGUCAACAUUCCAGCUGGGCGUUGUGCACCUGCUAUAAAAUGCAUUGCUAACUGUUUGUUUGACUGCAAAGUGGAAAUGAAGGACUUGCCAUCCAUCAGAACCACUGGGCGCUUUGCUGAUAGAGGCCACGUUCUAGCCAAAUAUCAUGUGACUGACUCCAUACUACAAAAUGACCGAUACGACAUGCAUUCUGAUGCUACCAGCAGGGACCACAGAAAGUACCUGGGGAAUCAAAUUACACUUUCUUCAGGAAAUAUCAUGAGUUUAGGUUACAUGAUGAUGCAGACAGAAGAUGCCUCAAGCCUCCUAGAUGCUGCAAUAACUAUUUUGAAAGAACUUGCUGAUAUUCAUGGGUUUGUUGAAAAUGCAGCUGAUACUGAAGCAACCUUCAAGGAGUUGGUCAGAAAGCUUAGUGCACUGAUGUCGGACCGAGCCAGUGUGAAUAAAGCAUAUAACCGGGAAUUCGACAAGAAGCGAAAGGAAAUCAUUGGAGAUGAGUCUGCCCAGCUAGAAUUCAUAUAUUGCAAUGCUCACUUUCUGCUGGGACUCAGCUCGGAAAGUGAGAAGGUGUUGAAGCAGCUCCAGAAGGCGAUUGGGGAUGGAACAGGAAAGCUAGGACGGGACAAACUGAACCAGUUCAAGAGUUUUUCUUCUGCUGGGGAGUCGGCUGUUUCCAGGUUUAUCAGGACUGCAUGCGACGUGUUAGGGCCAAGAGGAGAUGACAAGUCAGGAUGUCGAGACGCCUGGGAGGCUUACUGUCACUUGCAGGGUGAGCGAUCGCUGGUGAAAAGCUACAGAAGUAACAGGUUCAACAACUUUUUUGAAGGGGCUGGCACACUGCAUUUCCACCGCAAGGGAAUUCAGGACUUUUUCUCGAACUACAGUGAAUCCCCGAACCUGAAGUUGCAGAGUGUCUUGGCAGAUUGCCAGGAUGAUGAUGUGGAUACCAUGCUUUCGGCUGUUGGGAUCACGUUUUUCAUGGUAACUGGGCCUUACUGGAGGUUGAUCACCAGUCAAACAGUGUACUUAGACUUGUACAAGUUUAUAACCCCCAUGAGAGAGAAAUUUGAACUGUACUCAAAAGAUGCUUCAGGCAUUUUGGAAAACCAGGACUCUGUGAUUCCCGAGUUUGCUGUUGAAGGCGGAGAGGUCAUGCUGCACUGUACUCAGACUGUGAAGAAACCAGAACUUUUCGUCAAAACGCUACAGGCUUUGUUUGCUGGAUUCCUUGCUGUGACUGACCGUCAGCUACAGGAUUUUCUCCCAGGUGGGAGGUACUAUGAUGUUCAGGACCAAGCCAUCCGUGAAAAGAUGAGCCAUUGCCAGCUAACGAAUCUGAUCGGAGAACAAAACCUGGGGGAUCUAGACUACAGCCUCUUCAUGAGAAGACAUGCGUCACUUCAUUACAGAAGCUUCAUCAAUAUGAUGCAGAGGAAUCGGACGAUGUCUUCCUGGUUUUUAGCAAAGACGAAAACAGAGCAGGGUCACCUUCUGUCACUCUCGGCCAAGAAAGCAGCUCCCCUUCGGAAGAAGCAUCGUGAUGCAGAAGUAGAGGGCAUUGCUAAGAGGAAGGAGCAUCUUGCAUCUGUCCGGAGAAAAAUUGAAGAAAAAAGAGCAAAAGCUGUUAAACGGAAGGCGGAUAUCACUCAGAAGGUGAAGAAUCAUGGUGGACCUUGCCUCACACCCCAUGAUGUCAACAGGAUUUUGAAACCAGAGAAUUUUAGGACAAUCACAGCACAGAAAGCAGCCUUGAAUGCCGAAGUACAGUACAUCAAGGUGGUCCUCGGUGGCAAACAUCCUCUAUUGAAGUCGUCCAAGCUGAAAUGUGAGGAGAUCAGAAAGAACCUGAAGACUUACCUGGCAACCUUGACUGGGAUAGCAGCACCAGGCAAGGAAAACAACUACAUCUUCUGA